AUGACUUCUAUACCCACUGGGUUCGCGUUUGGCUCUGCAUCGAGCGCGCAGAGUGUUCGAGAUGCCAUCGCCUCCUAUCGACGAACCCAGUUUUUGAUAGCUGGUUCUGCGGUGUGUUCCGCGUCAGAUGGCUACGAGUCGUUUGAUGAGGACGUCGAGGAGGCUAUCAUCAGGCCGCGAAAUGAGUUCACGGAGGACGAAUUUACGGCAUAUGAGGGAAGAACAGACGACACUAGGGCCGAUGAGCUGACGACUGGCCAAUUUGAGUGGGACGAUAUUGAAGAGCAGCCAGCCUUCGCGAUUCCUGCUUCCGCGCCAGCCACUCCUCAUUACCGCCCGGUCCUGCCUGCCUCUCCUGGUGCAUCUCCCCGGAUUAUGAAGUCUGGCGAGCGUGCGCCUCUCCUCGCAAGACCGUCGUCUCCUAGUACUCGCCAAAUCACCCAGGAAUCAAGGAUACCCGUUCUGCCCACCCACCACCAGACUUACGCCGCGACAGAGCAAACUCCUGCCUUGGUCCAUGUUUCGUCACGCACAUCUCUGCUGCAGAAGCAGCCUGUUCAUGUUCAUAUUGGAAAGAGCACCUAUGGACAGACCCUCUUCAACUCAAUCGCCAUUCUUCUUGGUAUUGGUAUGCUAUCGGAACCUCUCGCCUACGCGUACUCGGGAUGGAUCUGUGGAACGCUUAUCAUCAUCUCCUACGGAUUCAUCUCCUGUUACACAGCGAAGAUCUUGGCGCAUAUAAUCAUGUCAGAUCAUCGCCUACGGUCGUAUUCAGACAUUGGACGCAAGGCGUUUGGAUCGCGAGCAACUCUUCCAAUUAGCCUCUUGUUCUGUUUGGAAUUGUUCACCGUCAGUGUCGUCCUUGUUACGCUAUACGCCGACUCUUUAUAUACCAUCAUCCCCCAAUACUCUCCAGACACCUACAAAAUAUGGGGCCUCGCUCUAUUGCUUCCUACCGUGUUCUUGCCCCUGUCGCUCCUAUCCUACGCGUCCAUUAUGGGCAUCCUCAGCAUCAUAUUUCUGAUUGGCGUCAUGUUGAUUGACGGUUUGUCAAAGACCGACGCUCCAGGAUCGCUGUGGACACCCGCUGAAACCUCUUGGGGGCCAGAGGGGUAUGGAAAACUAGGCGUAGCCUUCGGGUUGUUCAUGGCUGGCUUUUCGGGCCAUGCAGUCAUUCCUUCUCUCGCCAGAGACAUGGUUGACCCAUCGCAAUUCGAUUCCAUGAUCAACUGGGCUUUCGUAAUUGCGACGUCUGUGUAUGCUAUAAUCGGAAGCGCCGGAUACUUAAUGUUCGGCAAUAAUACCCAGAUAAGUAUAGAUCUACUUAAUACGCCCGGAUACAGUGCCGUGUUGAAUCAAGCCGUUCUUUGGAUGCUUGUGAUCAGUCCUCUCUCAAAGUUUGCUCUGGCCACUCAACCACUCAAUACGACUCUCGAAAUCCUGAUGGGCCUUGACUCACAAGUCACUGCUCCGGAGGAAUUCUCAGGAAAGACUUCUCCGCGAGGGUCGUACAUACCCCUCAAGAAGAUCUUGCACGUUUUGCAGAGAGCGGGGUUAACUGUCGCGUCUGUUGCUGUCUCGAUAUAUGUGCCCGAGUUCAGCGCAGUUAUGGCCUUCCUUGGUGCCUUUUCAGCGUUCGUCUUGUGUGUAAUUGGGCCUAUCGGUGCCAAAAUAAGUCUAGCGGGGAAAUGCCAGUGGUUCGAUGCUAUUAUUCUUAUUGGGGCGAGCGUUAUGGCUAUCUGGGGCACAGUGGCAGCUGUGUGGUCUUCGUAA